CUCCCUUUCCGCUGAUACCCGUCGGUAUAGGAAGUCACUGUGCCUAAGGUGCUCGGUUCUUCAUCUGAAGCUAAGGCCCUCAAUCCGGCGACUAGCACCCUUAAAUUUAGGCAUCCGACGCCCGAAUAAAAAAAAUUAAAACCUAAAAUGGCCUCCGUGUCCGAGCUUGCCUGCAUUUACUCCGCUCUCAUCCUCCACGACGAUGAAGUCACCGUCACUGAGGACAAGCUGAAUGCCCUGAUCAAGGCUGCCGGUGUCACUGUUGAGCCCUUCUGGCCCAGCCUGUUCGCCAAGGCGCUGUCCAGCGUUGACAUCGGCAGUCUGAUCUGCAACGUCGGAGCCGGAGGCGGCGCUCCAGCUGGAGCCCCUGCUGCAGGAGGAGCCGUCGCUGCAGGAGACGCUCCAGCCAAGGAGGAGGAGAAGAAAGAGGAGAAGAAGGAAGAGUCCGAGGAGUCUGAUGACGACAUGGGCUUUGGUCUUUUUGAUUAAGAACUGUUUUUGUAAAAACAAUAAAAAAACUAAAACGAGA